GGCAGAAUGGAGCCAGCGGACGAGAUACAUGAGCUCUGCGCAACCGUUAACCAUGAGCUGGAUUACCACGAGGACCCGGCCACCUUCAGAGCGGCUCUGCAGGCAGCGUAUGGCGACGAGCUUCAGGAAGCUGAGCUCAUCGUGCAGGACAACCUUCAUUCUCGUAUCGGCUUCGCCGUGAGCCAAGGAGUUGCAGUGGUUGCCUGGCGCGGCAGCAAGACGCUGGUCGAGUUGGGCACGGACGCCGGCUUUUCACCCAGUCUCUGCCACCUGUGGUUCGAUCUCACGGACCAGAUCCAAGCACACGGUGCAAUGAUGGCGGUGAUUGAGCAUGACUUCCUUGUCUUUCGGAAGCGCCUGGCAGCUCGGCUGUCGGCGCUGGACGUCGGGCGGCUGGUCUUCUCAG